AUGGCGGCUCAGGGUUGUAGAAAGAGAUACAAAGUCAACCUGGCCCCAUCUGUUGGUGACAAGCCAGAAGGAGGGGUCCCGUCGAAUCCUGUCCCUGAGCCAAAGCUGGCUUCCGGGGAGAUUUUGGACGAGCAUGGUGGCCGAGACACGAGCGAAAACGCAGGCUCCCCGGACAAGCUGGAACCAGAGGGCCCAACACCAGGCGCAGCUGUCUGGGUAGAAGAGAGUGACGCUCUCCAGCUCGCCUUCCCAAGGAAGCUGUGGAUGAUCGUGGAGAACGACGCGUUCAAGUCCGUGCGCUGGAGCGACAGCGGGAACACGGUGAUCAUCGAGAAGGACCUCUUCCAGAGGGAAGUCCUUCGCCGCAGAGGUGCAGAGAGAAUUUUUGAAACGGACAGCUUGAAGGCUUUCAAUCGGCAGCUUAACCUCCACGGCUUCAUCAAAAUCCGCCCCAGCAAGGCUCUGGGGAAGACAAAAGUGAUGGUCUACCGCAACUGCAACUUUAAGAGGGACCAGCCUCUGCUCCUCCAAAACAUCAAGAGACGACGCCAAGCCGAGGGCAGCGCUCAGCCAGCCAAGGCGCCCACCCUGCCUGCCCCCGCGGCCCCGCUUCCCAAGAGGAAGAAGCUGGCAGCGACCAGACACUCGGCUCGAAUCCAGCAGAAGAACGCCAUUAAGGAAAGCAAGGAGGCGUCCCCGAAGAACCCUCCCGACGUCCUGGGGCCCAGCCCCACCCCGUCCGUCAGGUCCUCUAGUAUCUCGUCGGUCAGCGCCGGGAUGGUGGGGGAGGGGGAGCCGCUCACCGAGCCUGGGGGCUACUCUGAUCCGUCCUCAGUCAUGACCCUGUACAAUGCCUGCUACUCCAUCCUGCUGGCAGGCCUGUCGGUCAUGGCUCCCGAGGAACCCUCCGACCCCCAGGGGGACAGCCCCUCGGACUACCACUGUUCCAUCUGCGAACAGUUCAGGGAUGAGCAGGCACCGUAG